CGUCCCCAGCCUUUCCAUCGACUCGGGGACAUAUUCACUGGAGCGCUGCCACAUGCUUGAGAACGGGGAAGAUUUGACAUCAGAGAGUGCUCUAUGUGAUUGUGCCGAAACAAACGGCUUUUCAGAGGAAGAACUCCUGAACAUCACUUUUGAAGCAUGUGACACUACUGGCAAAGGAGAGGUCCAUGCCUCCACCGUGGUCCAGUAUCUCCAGGCCAUGACUCCCAAAGCUCCGGUCAGGACAAGCUGACCGAUUUACACCAUAUGCUGGACCCGGAGAGCCAGGACCAGCCCGUUAGCAGAGAUAUGUUCCACGCCACCAUGAGAGAGUGGAUCGCCCAGUGCGGCCGAGACGGAACUCCUGAGGAUAAAAACCAGGCAACAGGACCAGCCUUAAGAAAAGUAUCUAGGACGGACUAUCAUCUUCCUUUAAGCGAGGCCACGUUCACAGGCCGAGCCGGAUGUCAUUGUGAGUCUGCAGAUUUGUCAGGUUUAGUGUCUGAGCUCACACACACACAGCACAGACUGAGUGAGCAGAACAUCAGCAUGCUGAGGAGUGUGUCUCAGUGUGAGGACACCAUCCUACAGCUCAGUCUCGAGGUAUCAGAGCUACACACCAAACUGGCCAGCAGUGCGCAGGUGUAUGUGGCGAGAGCACGGUCUCUUGCAGAAGAGCUUGAUGAAACCCAGUGUGCGCUGAGGGAGAGCCGGGACGAAGCCGCAAGAGCUCAGGCCAGCAACUGUGCAUUAAUAAAGGGAAGUGAACGCUUGAAAGCUCUAAUCCAAAUAACUGAAGAAAAGAGUGAAAAAUUAACCCUUGAGAAGAACCUUGCUGAAGAUCGACUGAACAAAUUUAGAAGAGAAAACUCAGAAUUAAGGGGGAAAUUAGAGGAAUCUCACAUAGUAUUGGCUGAGAAAAACAGGGACCUUACAAAGAAAAACAUCCUGCUGGAAAAGCUGAAGGACACUCACUAUGAAAGUCACAAAAUGAUCGAGGGCCUGCAGUCAGAGUUGACGAGACUACACGAGCACUCACAGCAAGCACUCUUCAGGUUAAAUAAAUACCACAUCAGCUCUGGUGGUCCACAGAGGACAGGUGUGACAAACCAUCAGUCUCUUCACCAUGAGAUUCAGGAUGCUCAACCGUCCCAGAAUGUGUCGAUGGAGUCGAUUUGCAGUUCUGUCAGCCAGAUCUUACCCACCGUCCCCCAGAGAGGAGACAUUCAGAAUCCACGAAAGAUCAAGCCUGUAGAGUUGUCCCAUAUCCUGCAUGCACAACUCUCAGAGACCGACAAAGUUGGCAACAGUGCGAGACUCUCUCUCCAGGACCAACAACAGCAUGGAAGUUCUAGGCAUCAGCUGGUGACACUUCUAAAAGAGCUGGAGCUUCUUGAAGCUCCCCUGGCAGCGCGAGGACAGCACAAGGCCAAGCGUCAGACACAGGAGGCUCACAUAGCGGCUGCCAUCACCUGGUGGAGGGGUCAGACUGCCCGAGAUCCACACGCGCAGAAACAGAUCCAAAGCCUGGAGGUCGAUCGCACCAAAGCCCAGGUGGAAGAGACUAGGGAGCUUCUCAAAGACCAGGGAACCAGCACACAGGAAGACUCUCAGGUUCAGUUCAAAGAUGUGGCUGUGAUCACUGAUUCAUCAGUUGAAGAAGACCUGCUGAAGUCCCUGAUAAAAGUGGAGGAGCUAAUGGGCAGCGAGAAGAGGAGGAAAGAGAGGAUAGAGGCCAUCAGCAUGAGGGUGGAGAGAGCGUUAUGUAGAGCUGAAACCACUGAGAGGCAACUCAAGGCCCUGGAGGACACUGCCAACACAAAGUCAUUAUGUAUGUCUCAAUCUGUGUCUACUGGCGUCCUGGAUUGUAGCUCAGCUGACAUCACAUCCGUUUCCACACCGCAGGCUCUCUCUCAGACAAGCACCCUCACUCCAUUCUCAUCCACAAACGGUCUUCCAUCUGUGGGCGCGAUAAGCCUGAAGAGUCCUGCUUUACUCUGUACCAAGAGCUCCUUGCCGGAACCGUCAGCUUGUGAAGAGCCCACGCCACACAACAGACAGGAGAAUGUAGCUGGUUUAGACCGGCCAGCAAGCAGUUUCAGCUUCUUCCCAGAGUCAGAGGCCAGUGGGUGCACCUCAGCCUCAAACAAGGAAAAGUGCAGGAGUCCGGAUAAAGAAGAGGCUGAAUGUCAAGGAACUGAGCUACAAAACAGCAACGGACAAACAGAGAUUUCUGGGAGGUGCCACAAAUCAGACUGUAGUGGUAGAACAGAGGCCUUAAAACUUUUGAACCAAGGACAGUCUUCCAAGUCAGCGGACGGUUGGGAUAACCAAGGAUUCGGUUCAUCAGGGGAGAACCAAGUAGAGGAUACCGGGAGGUGUCAAGAGGAAACUGAGGAGUCAGAUUGCAUUGGGAGGAGUCAAGAGGACAGUGGAAAGAGUCAAGCAAGGACAGGGAACAGUGAGACUCAAGAGGAACCCAAAACAAGUGACACAUCUAAGAGUGUCCAAUCCGCUGAUCUCACUGACAAUCCAGGGGACCAAGAGGACCAAUCUGCUGUAUGUCAGUUCACGCGCUCACAGGGUGAGCAAACUCCACUAAAGAGAGCUCAUAGUUCUUUGACAGAGUGUGUCACCCCUUUUAUCUUCCCCCACACACGCUCUCGACCCCCUCUCACCCCUACCAUGCCCACCCUGCCCGAGGAAGAGGAAGACUCCCCAGAGGAGCUCGACAGUACAUCCAGCUCGCCCUCCACAUACGCUCCUGUUGAAAGCAAGAUGGUAAAUGUAACCAUGACUCCACCAGCUAUUGUGCUUCCAAGACAAGUCGGCAAGCAGGACUCCUGUCCUCUGGAGAAAGCAAGACCACACAGCCCUAGGCCUCGUCUCUCCCGAAACUCUGCAUCAUCAUGUCCCAUCACCACAGUGGAUGAUGAUGGACAUGUGAUAGACCUGGUGAAGGACCCUCUUCCUGAGCUGAAGUUAUCUGAGGAGGACCGUCAGAAGAAUCUGGAGCUGCUCGAUGAGGCCAAGAAAGUCAGCGAUCGCUUCUUGCAGCGCAGGGGCCGACGCUCCACCUGCAGCCUUUCGGACUCCCCCACAGCUCUCUCCCCGAACCCAACGCCAUGCUCCUCCCCCAGACUAUCCAGAAGCAGUUCCCUCUCCGCACCCCCACAACUAGGUCCUGAGGUCUUCGGGACUCCUCCAGCAAGUCCCUCCAUAUCUCAGCAUCUGGAGGUACCAUCUACCAAUGACCAAGAGGAUACGAGUAAACCGGAGCAGGAGACCUUCACGAGGCUAGUAGAGUGGAUGCCUAGCGACAAGAAAAAAAAGGUGUCCUCUGGAACUUUAACCCCGCGUUAUGCCACCGCCGUGCCAGCCAGAGAUCCCGCCGGGGUUCAGAAGGAGAAGCCGGACCAUCAUAAAGCAGUGGACAAGGGGACGAACUCUGAACACACAACCCAGAAAAAGGAGGAGACUCCUGGCCAUGGUGUUAGUCAACCUCUCACCACAGGGGUCGCCAAACCCGUCCCCCGGCCACCCAUGCAGCAAGCCCCAUGCACGGCCGAAAUCAAAACAAUAGGCGCCUUCCCGCCUCUAAUGAGAGCCGUCUCCUGGGACACGGUGGGCUCCAUGAACAUGAGGAAUGCUGCUCCCAUAGGCGAGGAGAGUCUGUCCUACCCUGACAAAUCAAGGGAGUCUCUGUUUAAGUCCUCUGGGUACAAGGACUUCCCUGUGCCACCUGGGACCAUUUCAAAACUGUCCAGUUUGCGUGAGGAGCACAAGCUGGUGCGUAACCCGAGCAUCUACAGCUCGAAGCUUCCUGAACUGAGUGAAACAGCCGAGCAGGAACGAGGUCCACCCUCUCCACUCACGAGCUCUCCCAGUGAAGAGGAGGCCAAAGAGAGACCUGACGCUAUGCCCAACAUUUCAGAUGUCAUGCUACGCAAGCUUAAACUGCACAGGGGUUUACCUGGCUGCGCACCCCCGCUCUCAGAGAAGGAAGUUGAGAACGCAUUUGUGCAGCUGUCCCUGGCAUUCCGCAACGACAAUUACACGCUGGAGUCGCGGCUGAAACAGGCGGAAAGGGAGCGCAACCUGACUGAGGAAAACUCAGAGAAGGAACUGGAAGAGUUUAAAGGCAGUCUCAAGAGAACUGUGUCAGUGUGGCAGAAUGUAGAGCAGCGUGAGUUUUACCAGCAACUCUUAGAAACGAUCGCCGUAUUACAUCGCCUGACGAACCGGCUCUCCAGCAGGGCUGAAAUGGUGGGAGCCGUGCGGCAGGAGAAGAGAAUGAACAAGGCCACUGAGGUUAUGAUGCAGUACGUGGAGAAUCUGAAGAGGACGUAUGAGAAGGACCACGCUGAGCUGAUGGAGUUCAAGAAGCUCGCCAACCAAAACUCCAACCGCUGCUAUGGGGGCUCAAUAGACACUGGAGAUGAUGGUGUUCCCCGUACAUCAAGAUCCAUGUCUCUGCAAAUGGGAAAGGCUUUGCCCAGACGGAGAGUCAGUGUAGCUGUAGUUCCCAAGUUCAAUCUGCUGAACAUCCCGGGGCAGACGCCGGCCAUCGCUGGUCUUAACAAUGCACCCGGUGCCCUUCCUGUGGUGUGUGAGGCAAAGAAUGGCAGUUCGUCAGACCCUACACAACAAGAUGUGCCUGACAAACCCAGUGGAAACCCUCUGACGGAGCAGGAAAGUGAAGCAACGCCAACCAAAGUUGUCUGCAGUCCAGAGAAGAUUACAGAAGAGAUCAAAGCCAAGAUUGAAGAAGAAGCGUUUAACAAAGGAUACCAAGAAGGACUGAAGAGAUCUAAAGAACUCCAGGAGCUGAACGAGGAGGAAGAGAAAGCAGAAGAGAACCAGGAGUCUGAAGAGGAAUCUAGAGGAAAUGCGGAUAAAGACAGGAAGUCUAAUAGCAGGUUUGAGGAGGCAUUAGAGCUCAUUGACCGGAUAUGCCCCAAAUUCUUCCGACGGAACCGGGUGCUUUGGAUUGUCCUCACUCUGUUCUUCGCUUCAUUCGUAUUGGUCAAUGUCAUAAACUUCUUCAGCAGCCGCUACAGUGACAGCGGAGACACGUCUGCGGAGAAGUCCGCCAUUCCAGGCAAGAAGAAGUUUUUUGGACUGAAUGUAGGGUCGAAGACUCCUGCCCCAGAAUGACCUUAUUCCCUCUACGAGUCUUUCACACUGCAUUUAGUAAAUAGCAGAACUACCUGUUAUUGUUUAGGGACCAAGUGUGCUUAGAUGUGGAAUCAGAUUUGCAUUGAUAAGUUAUAUUACUUGAGGUUGGGAAAGUUAUUAUGCGACUAAUGUCACAGUUGAUAUAUGAUUAUACCACUCAAACCUUAUGAUUAAACUUCUCAGGAUUUGUGAAAUAUAUAUUUGAAAUAUUACCUACAAUAUUUAAUACAGAAUUUGGUACAGUAUGUUUUCAAUUCUUUGCAAUUGUCUAUGUUUGUUUAUUUGAAUUGACAUUCCAAGGUAGAUCCUGAAGUGCAAUAUUUUGCAGCUGGUAGUUGACGGUUGUGUGUGUGGGCUUGUGCCUUCGGAGCACUGGUUUUAAUAGUACAGAAUUUUUUCACAACUUUGAAGAGCACUUUUAAAUAGCAUGAAAGAAUUCAUAUUUGCACAUGUGUGCUUGUGUUUACUGUUGUGCCACUUCACCUUGUAAUAAAGGUGUUUGAAAAUA